GGGAGAGAAAGAGAGAGAGAGCGGGAGAGAGAGGGGGGGGGGGGUGCAAAAGGAAAAUUGCACAAUCCGUCAAAGCUCCCUAGCGCGCGGAUCUUUCGACGGCUGCACCAUUAAUUUGGACGGUCGGAAAGAAAGCUGAUGUCAGACCUACUUUCCUGUCCCUGCUUUAAAUACUGCAUUCUUCAUGCCAGUUGGCUGAGCCUGCUGACAGUGGAACAUAUUGCCGCCUCAACAGAAAACGACACCCUUCCUGAGCCUUCAUUGGCCGCUUAGCUGGGAAUAUCAACUGUGGGGCUGGUCAGAAAGAACGAGCAUGUUCAGCACGCGGGCACUCACGCUCCUGUCCUCUGUGUUUGGGGCUUGCGGCCUGCUCCUGGUGGGCGUGGCUGUGUCCACAGACUAUUGGCUGCUGAUGGAGGAGGGCGUGGUUCUGCAGCAGAACCAGAGCAUGGAGGUCAGGAUGGCCCUGCACUCUGGCAUGUGGAGGGUCUGCUUCGUGGCAGGACCUGAAAAGGGGAGAUGUGUAGCAUCGGAAUACUUCACCACUGAAGCUGAGAUAGACAUCGUGACCGAAAACACUGCAAAUAUACUAAAGAUGGUACGGACGGCCACACCGUUCCCCAUGGUUUCGCUGCUUUUCGUCUUCACCGCCUUCGUCAUCAGUAACAUCGGACACAUCCGGCCCCAGCGCACCAUCCUAGCCUUCAUCUCUGGAAUCUUCUUCAUCCUCUCAGGGCUGAGCCUGGUGGUGGGCCUGGUCCUCUACAUCAGCAGCAUCAACGACGAGGUGAUGAACCGGCCACGUGAGCCCGAGCACUUCUUCCACUACCACUACGGCUGGUCCUUCGCCUUCGCUGCCAGCUCCUUCCUCCUCAAAGAGGGGGCUGGGGUGAUGUCAGUGUACCUCUUCAUGAAGCGCUACGCCGAGGAGGAGAUGUACCGGCCCCACCCAUCCCUCUACCGCCCCCGCCUGUCCGAGUGCAGCGACUACAGCGGCCAAUACCUUCAUCCCGAGUCGUGGCCUCCUCCAAAGAGGGGCCGCAGCGCGUCUGAAGUCUCCAGCGACAUCUCCAUCCAGCUGAACCAGACGCCCCCGCCGCCCAAGGGCAGCUCCAUGCAGCAGCAGCAGGCCCCGUCCUCUGGCCCCUCCUCGGGCGCCAGCUACCAGCCGUCCUCCUCCUCCUCCUCCUACCCCCACCACUCCAUGUCCUCCCACCCCCUCCACUCCAGCCACCACACCAUGUCCUCCCACCCCAGCGGGCCCCCUCCCCAGUCCAUGCCCAUGGCCAUGCCCCCCUCUGCCCAGCCCCCUCCCCGAUACCACCAACACAUGCACAUGAGUGCCUCGCCGUGCUAGAAGGGGGGAGUGAGGGAUGAGGGAGGGAGGGGAGGGGGGGAUAGACAGAGCAGGGGUUGGCUCUGUCGUACAUCCAACACACAGAGACAGAUGCAAACACACACACACACACACACAUGCACACAUACGUGCACACACAGAAGUGUGGGAGGAGAGAUGGAAGAGGGGAGGAAGGAAGGAUAUUUAGGAGAUCAAGAGAAAGAAGGGAAUGAACGAAGGAAAGAAAACGAGAUGGGUGGAGGAUGAUUCACAAUGGAUGCUGUGCUUAAAAUGAAGACAGAUAUUUUAAAAGAGGGAGAGAGAGAGGGAGGGAUAUGAUCAUCAUUUACACAACAAGAAAAAGAGGGAGGAGGGGGGGUUUAUAAGAAAGGGUGAUGCUGUUUCAGAAGAAAAAUAAUUUUACAUUUCAAGCACUAACACACACAAGAAUCAAGAACAAAUUGUAUAUGCAUAGAGAUUUAUACUUAAACUGUAUAGACAUUUUUCUUUCUCUUAAGUCCUGGAAAAACAAAUGUUGAAAUCUUAACCAUGUUUGUCUUUCAUGAGAUGUGUAUUCCUGUAUGAUUAGUUCUAUCAUUUCAUUCAUCGUUUGUAUUUGAGAGGCAAGAAUUGUGAGUACGAAGACGGAAAUCUGAGACAUCUGAAGAUCAUUCAGGGUUCUGUGACUUAUCUGCACAUACUGUAACAUCUCAGACUCCGCAAGGGUUCCAAAAUGGUUCUCCGGCUUUCCCCAUAGGACAACCCUUUUUGGUUCCAUGUAAAAUCCUCUGUGAAAAGGGUUCAACAUGGAUUCUAAAAGGGGUCUAGCUGGAACGAAAAGGGUUCUACCUGGAAAGAAAAAGGGUUCUUCUCCAAUGAGGACAGUCUUUAGGUUCUAGCUAGCAUCUUUUGUGUGUGUGUGUGUGUGUGUGUGUGUGUGUGUGUGUGUGUGUGUGUGUGUGUGUGUGUGUGUGUGUGUGUGUGUGUGUGUGUGUGUGUGUGUGUGUGUGUGUGUGUGUGUGUGUGUGUGUGUGUGUGUGUGUGUGUGUGUGUAUAAAUGUCCAGGUCAUAGGCUUCAGCAUCCAUAAAAAAAAACACUUGAAUUGUUGUUUCAUGUUUUUGACUAAAAUGUCAUGGUAACAAAGAAAAUCCAUAACUUUCCAUCAUUUAGAAAUAUUUAUUUCUGAGAGUAUACAAAAAGCACCCAUUUUACUAGGAAGAAUGAGAUGCAGAUUCCAUGAGACAUAUGAUCCUCCUUUGAUUGCUAAUUAGCUUGAGUGUUCAUAUUCUGUAGCACAUGGCUGCUUACCAGUAGAGUAUCUUCCUUCUAUUCAUAGUUACCAAAAGAGCUUCCCAUACAGCAAUGGAGUAGAUUGAUGAAGUAAAGACUGUGUUUGUUUUGAAAUGUUUACUUUUCUCCUUCUGACUGUGACUCGGUAUAUGUAAUACAUGCUGCCUAUGUAGCCUACCUAAUGCACAACAUGUUUACAUUCUAUUCUGAUGUUUAUUGGUAUCCUUAUACUAAAUGCAACACACACGCACACACACACACACACAAACCAGCUGCCACAGUCCUGCUAUAACUACAUUUACUACUAUUUCUACUACUAAUAUCAAAAGAAAGAUUGUGACCAUUAUCAUUAUCUAUGUUUAUAAACAUCGGUAUUAUAAUAAUGUAAGUAAAUGCAACUAUAUAUGAAUAUAUAAUAAAACCAUAGAGGAUGUGUGAGAAACAAAGUGAGAGGUUGAUAAGACUUUAACAAUGUCUAAUAUAAAGCACAGAAAUCAACAUUGAGUGUACCAAACAUUAGAAACCCCUCCUCAAUUCGUCGGGGCGGGGACUCUACCAGGUGUCGAAAGUGCUCCACAGGGAUGCUGAACCAUGUUGACUCCAACGCUUCCCACAGUCGGGUCUCGUUGGCUGGAUGUCCUUUGGGUGGUGGACCAUUCUUGAUACACACAGGAAACUGUCGAGCGUGGGAUAACCCUGCUCCCAUAGCCCUGUUCAAAGGCACUUACAGUACGUCUUUUUUGUCUUGCCCGUUCACCCUCUGAAUGGCACACGCACACAAUCCGUGUCUCAAUUAUCUCCAGGCUUAAAAAUCCUUCCUUAACCCGUCUCCUCCCCUUCAUCUACACUGAUAGAAGUGGAUUAAACAAGUGACGUGAAUAAAGGAUCACCGUUUUCCACCUGGUCAAGUCUAUGUCAUGGAAAGAGCAGAUAUUCCCAAUGCUUUGCAUACUCAGUGAAUUUCACAAUAGCGUCUCUUAGUGAAUGAAGGUCUAAACGAGAGCAAAACAUGUCCAGUGGGUCUCUGUAGCGCCACCUAGUGCUUUUGUUGUGAGUCUGAUUGCUCUCCAUCGAGGUUGAACGUUGCCUUUUGUGUCAUGACAUUGCUCAUUUCUUCUAGCGAACCGAUAGCAAUUCUGGACUUGGGGGACAGAAGAACGACUUAUAACAAAGUCUUGCAAUAUCUGCCUACAAAUAGUGCACUAAUUCCCGAUCAAUGUACAUUCAUUUUAAUUUGAGACAUUGAAUUGCAUUCCAAUUGUUUUCCUAGUAUGAUGUGGUUGUUUCUCCGAAUUCCAGAUCUUUUCAUGCGACCAGAAAACUUGAUCAAAUGUUUUUUAAUAUCUAUAUUGUUUUUUUUAUGUAGCAGAUGCACAUACACAUGUGAUGAGUGGUAGCAUUCGUUUGUUUGGGACCCAGGACAGCGAUGUACAGCCAAUAAUAUAGUAUAGAGUCAAAUAUAUGAACGCAUUAGCAAACAGGACUGGCUCCUGCUGGAGGGAAAACUAUAACAAAAUAAUAUUUGUAGCUUGUUCUGUAAUCACAAUAGGUAGAAUAGUGUAGUGGUGUAGUUUUAUUAACUCUAUAGUGUAAAAUAUAGUAGGCCUAUUCUGAUUUGGUGUGAGAGGUUGAGUAAGAGAGAGAGAGAGAGAGAGAGAGAGAGAGAGAGAGAGAGAGAGAGAGAGAGAGAGAGAGAGAGAGAGAGAGAGAGGUGAAAGGGGUAGCUAUAAGAAUUGUAUCACAUUUUAUGUUGUCAAUGAAAUAUUAUCAUCCUGUUGUUUUCCCUCAUUAUACUACUCUGCUAAAUUGAGGUUUCCUUUCAGAGAGCCAUGUCUUGACUAGACCGUGAAUGUUAUUGGAGUUGAGGACGAUUGUGGUUUUUCCGUAGCUCAAGUGAGAUUCAUUGAUUUCCUCAAGCUCCUUUUAUUGCCUUCACUUGUUUCUCCUCUUGCUUCCCACCCCCAGUAAAUCCUACCUUUUUGAACUUUAUUGAUCAUUUGUCUUGGUUUGUCUCUCAAAUCCCCGUUAAAUGUAAUGUGGGGCAGACUUGUUCCACCUGUCUCUUCUCUUUCCCAGCCUCGUUUUUCACUCUUUCUCCAUUUCUUUCUUCUUCUGUUAAGGCGCUCUCUUAGAACCUGUCUUUGAGCUUAUUAAAAUGAACUGUGCCUAACAACAGUAGCGGAGAUCAAAGCUAUUAAUUAUUAUCAAGAUCAUUAUAUAAGUCUUAUUGUUGUUACUAUUAUUACUAGUGUAAAUAUGUUGCCCAUAUUUACCACAAAAUCAACGGUUUCAUGGUAAUAAUGACAAUAAUGACAUUUUCUUUUUGCUAAGCAAUGCACUAAUGAAUCUGAAGAGAUUGUUCAUACCUGAGAUACCAUUUGCUAUUGGAUCGAUGCCUGGGGGUUACUGACUAACGUCAUUGUUCCACAACUAAUGAAUAAAUCCUAGAGGUAAACCUGUGUGUGCUUAAUGUUUGUGGUCAGAUGUCUGGCACACACAAUCACACACACACACAAAACACACACAAUCUCACACACACACACACACGCACACACGCACGCACGCACGC